CAAACAUGAAACCAGACAGGCUCCCAGCUCCUGAGGACUGAAGAAUGGCCUUUCACUGCACCACUUGGCUGUUGCUCUUGGCAGCCUGGAACAUGGGCUCUGGUGAAGCCUUCAGGUGUUAUACCUGUGAGCAGCCCACAGCCAUUAACGCCUGCAAGAAUAUUGCUCAGUGCAACCUGGAAGACACAGCCUGUAAGACUGUACUGGAGACAGUGGAAGCGGAGUUCCCCUUCAACCACAGUCCUAUGGUGACCCGCUCCUGCUCCAGUUCCUGCCUGGCCACUGACCCUGACAGCAUUGGGGUUGCCCACCCUGUCUACUGUUGCUUCCGUGACCUCUGCAACUCAGGAGAUCCAGGCUUGGUGACAGGACUCUAGACACACAGGGUGCCUCAUUCCUCUUAUAUCUCCUCUCCUAGCAGGGCCUGGUGCCUCCUGCAGUCAUCUCUGUCUGCAUGGCACUGUGAGCAGAGCUCGCUGGGCCUCAGGUCACUCACGC